GGCCUGAAGUUUCUGUUACGUGUAGGCUUAAAAUAAUAGGGGACAGAUUCGCGGUGGAAGUUCACAGACGCUGGUGACUGUGCGAAGAUUUAGACUCUUGAACUUUAAUGCGAUGUAGGGCACCGGGAUUUAGACUCUUCAGCGUUGCCUUUUAUUUAUUUAUCUUUAUUCUAAAACACGAGUUGGUUAUGGUAGGUUUCUUUUACUGACAUUGUAUCUAUUGCCGCGCUGGAAAAAAUGAACAGGUAAGAUCAACCUAAUAUGGAACCGAAGCCUGCGAAAUGAUUAAGUUCGGUAACAUGGAUAUCUGACUCUUACAGGAUAUUUUUGGGACCAACGCAAUAAAAUCUGUUGGGCGGAAGAUCAAGACACGUGUCCUACUAUCCUUAGAGGGCUUUUACAAAAUUUGACAUCAUCUUUGAGUUGAUGCUCUGAAGAAGGAAAUUACAGAAUUGUAUAGAGAACUAUUCUGAAUACCUACUCUUCUGCGUGUUGGAUUGGGUUAGGUCCUGGCCUCACCGCCACCAGCUAUACGUUUGAGUAAAAACUGAUGGAUGUCAUAGCAACCCCACCCCUGCCAGUGCCACCUCCUCUCUUACCUCCUCUGCCACCUCCACCACCACCACCUCCUCCGCCGCCACCACCUCCGCCUCCCCUUCUACCUCCUCCACCACCGCCACCUCCAGGCCCAGGUGGUGGAGGUCUAAUCUCACGCACUGCCCUGAGGCGCUCCAGGAUGCGUAACUUCAACUGGGAGGCCAUACCACAACAGAGUGUCCUGGGAAAGCGCAACAUCUGGACCGUGCAGAAGCCCACGGAUGGCUUCCAGCUGGAUACCAAGCGCAUGGAGGAGCUUUUCAGCAAUGAGGAGCAGGCCCAGAAGAACAACAGGCUAGCCGUCCGCAAGAGCGUGCGGGGGGCUCUUCCCCAUUCACAGGCCUCUGAGGUGGUAUCCAUCCUUGGCUCCAAGAAGAACAUGAAUGUUGGGAUUUUCCUGAAGCAAUUCAAGCGGCCUAUAAGGGACAUGGUGCACGACAUCAGCCAGGGCAACGGGGUGAAUUUUGGGAUGGGGAAGUUGCAGGAGCUGUGCAAACUUCUGCCUGACAAUGGAGAAGUGAAGAAACUGCUGCAUUUCUCUGGGGAAAUAUCCCUGCUUUCCGAGGCCGACCAAUUCAUGGUGCUUUUAGUGAAGAUACCCAGUUAUGAGGAACGACUUCGGUGUUUAGUUCUCCAGGAGGAAUUUUUUCCCCUCAUGGAUGAUAUUGACCUGUCCAUCACUACUAUGACCGAAGCAGCCAAAGAGCUGCUGGGCUGUGAGGACCUUCACUCUGUCAUCCGGCUGGUGCUGAAGACGGGGAACUACAUGAAUGCCGGUGGCUAUGCAGGUAGUGCUGUGGGUUUCAGGAUGACCUCUCUACUUAAACUGGCAGACACCAAAGCAAACAAGCCAGGCAUGAACCUCAUGCAUUAUGUGGUGAUGCAAGCACAGAACAUUGACAUCACCCUGUUGGAGUUUCCGGGUAAACUUAGAAACAUUGGUACAGCAGCUAGAAUCCAUAAACUGGAAGUGGAGGCCGACUUCCAGAGAGAGAAAAAGAAAGUUCAGGAAGCUAAGGCGGAAGCCAGCAAAGAAGCUGACCUCCAGUCACAAAUGGAGAUCUUUCUCGAGAGGGCAGAGUCGCAGCUCGCUGAGACAGACUCCUCUCUUCAAGCCCUUAACUCACUGGUUCAGUCCGUGGCCGAGUUCUUCUGUGAGGAUCCCAGCCAGUUUAAACUGGAAGAGUGCUGUGCUAUCUUUCACUCUUUCUGCGAGAAGUUCCUACGAGCCAUCCAGGAGAAUAGGAAUAGAGAGGUGACAGAGGUGAAGAAGAGGCAACUUGCGAGGCUGGAGAGCGUCACCAAGCGCCGCUCCACCGCCACCUGCUCUGCUCAGGACAAGGAUGUUGAUGGUGUGGCACUGGAGUCCCUCCUGCAUAAUUUCCUGACCAAUCAUGCUUCAAGGAAGAAAGCUGGAAUGCAUUUGCCCACCAACAACAGUUUAACUGAAAUAAUUAAGGCCAGCUCACCUGGAGACAGAAAAGUGGAGUCACAAGGCAAGAAACACACUACACAGUUCUUAUCCAAGGCUAAGGAUUUGGACCAAAAUGUGCGAAAUUCAGUUCCAGAGCUGACUCCAAGUCCUUCAGAGGUUAUACCCCUGGACACAGUUGAAACAAAAGAGAGUGGCUCUCAGAGGAUGUUGUUGGUUGAUGUGCCAGUUCCUGAUACGCUUGAUGAGAAAUCUCAUGCACAGCUGUCAAAUGACAAUAAGCCUUUUCCCAAAAGAUCCACCUCUAUUUUGGCUGAGGUGGAGGAUGAGGAGGUGGACGAUAAGGAAGCAGAGAACCUCAGAGAGGUUUCCCGUAGGAUCCUUCGCUACCAGAGCCAAGGCAGCCAGUCAUCUGGAGAUCACGGUCUAGAUAAUUCACGGUCACCAAGUGUAAAGAGCGUAUCCCCUCGCCGUCGGGAGUUCCAGGAGGACAGAGCCCAGGUUCUGGUGGACCUGUCGAGCAAUGGCACACCGAGGAACAUCCUCAGCCCUUUCCUAACAUCUAAGGACAUGCCCAGCAUCUCUCGUCGUCAUAGCUUUUCUUUCCGCAACACAUGCAGCAACAGUGAAGAUGAUGUGUCUGUCCUUCCAAGUAUUGCAAAUAGAGUCCAGCCUUCUCUUGGCGUGAUAGGCAAAGUGAAGUCCGUAGAUGGCAGUCAGCUAUUGAGAGUGGAGAAGCCCACUAGCCAAAUAUCAGAAGUAUCACUCCCUGAGUCAGAACAGGAUGUGUUUCGAAGGCCUUCGGACAGUGCAAACCAUCCCAGUCCCUCAAGACGUCCAAGCACUCGUGAUGCGAACUGUCCCUCAUCAGGGCCGGAACGACGGACUUCCUGCCAGCCAAAGGCAGACUCUGAAUGGGACAGUGGGGUGGCAUCUAGCCAGACAGCACACACUCCUUCAUCCAAACCCUCCAAGUCUCAGGAGAAGCCAUGGAUGGAAGCACAGGAAAGCUCUAUCUUCUCCUCCUUCACAGUCUUCUUCAAGCGAUUCAGUGAGCGAAGAAAAGCCAAAAAUGACUCUGUUGGUAACAUCUCCUGAACAAAGAAUGAGCCCUUUUUAGAGGAAUAUGUUUUAUCAUACCUACAACUGUCCCACAAGGGGAAAACAAUUGUAUUUUUUACAUUAUUUUUAGAAAAAAAAAUUAUACCUAAUACUCAUUUGAAAAAGGAUGGAAUUUACAAUUAUUUCAACUGUCAUGGGCCUGUGUAGUAGUCGGUAAUAGCAGCUAUUUAAUAGUUGACAUUACUAAACCCAUCAAGAAAUUCAUGCAUUUCAUGUCACAAAUAAAGACUUUCUCCCAAUA